AAGACAAUCUUUGGUAUCGUGCUGCUGUUACAGCAUGUGUUUCUGAAGAUUCUGUUUUGGUAGGCUAUAUAGAUUAUGGUAAUUUUGAAGUUCUUCCGCUGACUAGACUUCGUCCUAUGAUUCCAAGAUUAAUGGACUUGCCAGCUCAAGCCAUAAGAUGUACUUUGUCAGGUGUAAAACCGCCAUUAGGAGCCUGGACCUCAAAAGCCACUUCUUUUAUGCAGCAGCUGGUGAAAGACAAAGUGUUCACAGUAAAAGUAGUGGAUAAAGACAGUUACAGAUCUGUGGUGGAGCUUGUAGAUGCCUCAGUUACUCCAGUAAUAAACCUAUCAGGCCAUCUGAUAGAGAGAGGCUGCGCAGCUGAGGAGUCGAGGAUGGCCUUACCAGCAAUUGGAAUGAGUGAUGUCAAGCAAGUAAAUGAGGACACAACAAACAAAAGAAUUUGCAAGUGGAGUAAACUAACUCUUAAACAAACCGUAGAUGUUAUGGUGUGUACGCUGUACAAUCCUGGAGAAUUCUACUGUCAGAUUUCAAAUCAGAGUGAGUUACUUGCUCUAAACUUACUUAACGAAUCAUUGUCUGAAUACUGUCAGAAAACCCCACCGAAUGGUUUUAAGCCUGAGAAUGGAGAACCUUGCUGUGCUUUUUUCACUGAUGAUGGUAACUGGUACCGUGCUCUGGUGCAAAACGUUCAUUCAAACGGAACUGUUGAAGUGUGCUUUGUGGACUAUGGGAACGUUGAGGAAGUACCACUGGAUAAAAUACGACAGAUCUCAUCCUCGUUCCUAAGACUUCCAUUUCAAGGGAUUAAAUGCUGGCUCUCAGGUAUAAAGCCUGGUGGCAGCAAAUGGGUUCCAGAAGCUACAGCAAGAUUUCAUAUGUACACUGCAGGGAUAAAGCUUCAAGCCAGAGUAACUUCCCUUUCCAGGGAUGGGGCAGGUGUAGAGCUUAUUGACAAUUCCACAGGUCAUCCAAAAGUGAUCAAUGAGAUACUAACUUUUGAAAAAUUGGCUGUAAGGGACAUUCUGCAGGAUAAAAAUAACUCGCCAAACAAGUCUGUUGACAAAAAAGAAACCUCACUUGGGCACUGGAAGUCGACUGAACUGGCCGUAGGUGAAACCGUGUAUGUCUGUGUAACAGAAGUUGUAAGCCCGGACUUGUUCUAUGCUGUACCAGUUCAAACUAAAGGUAAGAACAGCCUACAUAGGCUGUUGACUGAACUGGAAGACUAUUGUAAAUCUUGUAAGCACCAGUCCUUCGAACCAAGACCGGGUGAAGCCUGUUGUGCCAGGUUUUCAGGUGAUGGCCGCUGGUACAGAGCUCUUGUUCUGAAAGCUUCUCAGUCUGUAGUGAAAGUACUGUAUGUGGACUAUGGGAACAUAGAAACUUUACCACUUUCAAAGGUGCUGCCAAUCACUGAUUCCUACUUAAAGCUGCCUUUUCAGACAAUUACAUGUUCACUUGCAGGAAUAGAGAAAGCCAAGUGGUCUCCAUUAUUACUGGACAAGUUGAAAGAAAUGUUACUGAAUAAAUACGUCACAAUUGCAGUGAAAGGGAUUAAUGGAAAUGUUAAUUCAGUAACAGUAGAGAAACUUGAUGAAAAUGGUAGUCUGAAUGUAGCUGACAAACUGGUAAUGGAAGGUUUGGUCAAAUCCUGCAGGGCUGAAAGCUUUAAUACUGAAUGUCAAGGCAUUGGCGGUGAGACCAAAUGCUGCUGCAUGGAAUUAAAAAUGCAAGUAAGAUUCAGUCUCAAAACUCUCUUUUUUUAUAUUUCCAGAAUUUAAAAGAAACUCUGUGUGGGAAGAAAAUGGGAGUUAGGGAGAUUAACAGCUAGCCAAAACAUUGACGAUCUGCAAAGUGAAUAUCCUGAUGCUUUUUCUCUUUUUGUUUUAUACAUGCUUAAAAAACAUGAACAGAUCCUACUCUUCCUUUUAAACAAGUAUGGGAAUCCAGAUGGAUUCACUGAAAUGAAAAAACUGUUGGACCACUAA